ACAAAUCGGCACCAGUGGCAUUGAGUAAUAGCGAAGAAGGGAACGAUCCACUCUCACUGUGUACGACGACGAGGGAGACCUGAGAAGAAGAAGAAGAACAAAGAACAGCCGAUGGGGCUUGGGCUAGGUGUUAUGCGUACGAUUGAAUUUCUACUCUUGAUAAUUGCGAUUCUCUCGGCUCCUGUACUCUCCGAUCUGAUCCUCUCAAAAGUCGAGCGACGGAUUGAUUUGACCUCACAGAUCGCACGCAUCGCCUCUACAAUCAAGGCGGAGAAUGAUGGUUCAAGUUCGGUUUCAGAGAUUCUGCUGUCCAUCCCUGAAGUUCAGGCAAAAAAUCUGGCUUAUUUGACUGCAAAACUUGUUGAAGGGAAAGGGAAAGCAAAAACAUCUGGUGUUGCUCUCGCGGUUGAACCUGCCAAUCCUAAAGGGAUGCCACCGGCUUUGAGUUUCUACACAAUGAUAUUACCCAAGCCUUUGGCUAAUGGCGAUAGCGUGACCUUAGAUGUUUUGGCUGCAUUUACCCAUAGCUUGAGGCCAUUCCCCGAGAAGAUCACUCAGGCUGACAUUCAGCUCGUGGUGUUCCAAGAUACUGCACACUAUCUCUCUCCUUAUCCAGUCAAGGUUCAAUCCCUCACUCUGAAGCUGCCCGACGCUAGGAUCGAGUCAUACACAAAGCUUGAGAACACAAAGGGUCUUGGUUCGGAGAUCAAAUAUGGCCCAUAUGAGAACCUCCCUCCAUUCUCAUACUCUCCGGUUGCCAUACAUUUUGAAGCCAAUCAGGCAUUUGCUGUUGCUCGGGAGCUCGUGAGAGAGAUCGAGAUCUCCCACUGGGGGAAUGUACAAGUCACUGAGCAUUAUGACAUUGUCCAUGGAGGUGCCAUGAGUAAGGGUGAAUUUUCCAGGCUUGACUACCAGUCCAAACCCCAAAUCCGUGGUGCAUCAGCCUUUAAACAUCUUGUUGCUAAACUGCCUCCGAGGGCUCAUUCUAUUUAUUACAGGGAUGCGAUUGGAAAUAUAUCAACAUCCCACGUCAGGGGGGACUCAAAGAAGACGGAAAUUCUGAUUGAGCCUAGAUAUCCACUAUUUGGUGGUUGGAAGACUGCAUUCACUAUUGGAUAUGGUUUGCCGCUACAGGAUUUUGUGUUCGAGUCAGAGGGGAAACGUUUCUUAAACUUCUCCUUUGGUUCUCCUAUGCAUGACUUAGUAACAGAUAGCAUCACUUUGAAGGUUUGGUUGAUUGAUGCAUGAAUUCUCCUUUCUCUGCUUGCUUACCUUGCCUUUCCACUGAGGGUGUGGUUGCUUAUGUGAUUAGAUUUAUAUCUUGCCACAUUUCUCAUGCCUAUACAAGGCUCUUAAGAUGACCAGAUUAGGCAUGUAUUUUUUUAAUUUAAAUUGGCCUAGUGACCUUUCUGAUUUGUCUGCAAAACAAGGCUAUUGGGAGCUGUGUUUGCAAGUUUGUUAUACAGGUGCAACCUUAAUUGUUGCUUAAACUUUUCAACAGAGCUAUCUGAUCUGCUGAUGUUAAGACUUGAAUUUCAGGUAGUAUUGCCCGAAGGAUCCAAAUAUCUCUCUGUUUCUACUCCAUUUGUUGUGCAACAGGAAGAAGAGAUAAAAAUGUCUCAUCUAGACAUAUUUGGCCGACCUGUUGUUGUGCUGAAAAAGGCCAACGUUGUGCCAGAGCAUAAUCAAUUUUUCCAAGUAAACGUUACUCUCCCUUUUCAUUAUGAUAAAACUUUAUUUGGGAUACUGAUAGAUUCAUGAGAUAUGAAGGCCUCCCUUACCAUCCAUAUAGGAGAAAAUUAGAAUGCCAGACAGAUUCAGGAGCGUUUUCUGUCAUUUACAUGAUGGUGAGAGCUUUUUGCUUCGCUUAGCUUAAAAUAUUGACAUUGUGGUCAUUGUGCAGGUCUAUUACCAGUUCAAUGCACUUGCAAUGCUGAUGGAGCCAUUCAUGUUGAUCACUGGAAUCUUCUUCCUCUUUGUCACUUGCAUAAUUUAUGUGCAUGUUGACUUAUCUAUCUCCAAGUCUUCAGCUUCGUAUCUAGCAAAACUGCAGUGGGAUGAUGUGAGAGCAACAGUGCAGCAGAUUCAAAAUACCGUCAACCAGUGCCUAUCCACACACGAAAAGCUAGAGGCAUCACUACGUGAUCUCUCCAGAACAGGAGAUGUGCAAGCUUGUAAAGCCGCACGCAAGGCAACUGAUGGCCUGUUGAAGGAGCUGUCGAAGGAACUGAAGCCCUUGAUCUCAUUCUUGCAAUCUUCACCUCCUGCUGCUCAUAUUUUGCCCAAGGUAGAGGAACUGGUAGCAAAGGAGAGGGAAUUGCAGGAGAGGCUGAUGGCCAAGCACUCGACCAUAGUUGAUUCCUACGAGAAGAAACUUGGAGGUCGGGAAACCGAGAACCGGGUUGCUUCCGUGCAACAGAAGAUUGUAGCUUUGAGACAGGACAUUGAAGAUCUAAUGGAAUACAUUGACGAAAUAUAAAAAGGUUGGUUGCAGGAUAGAAUAGAUUGCCCAAGUUUUGUUACAUUGGGACUGCAGAAUUAUGCUAGUAAUUUGUAUUAUAGACGUUUCCUCUACCGGCUGCGAAAUUUUAUAGCUAUUAGAAGAAGAGAGCAUUGAGGGUUGUUUUACUGAGAACAGUUUUCCAGAAGCCGAGUUAAAAACGGCAAUGUUCAUUUGCUCUUCAACAAAAUCGGGCAGCAACAUAUAGUAUGCACCACCACAAAAAAUUACAGAAUCGUCUCUAUUUUCCACCUUCUGGCAUUACUCUCAAGAGCUCAAUGUUAAGCUCAAAUGUGCCUCCUGGUGGAAUCUCAUACAAUCCCCUGUUUCCAUAGCCAGCCUCAGGAGGAACGAUUACAGUCCUCUGCCUCCGACUUUCAUCCCCUGGGUGAUUGUGUACAUAGCCGGUGGAGGUUUAGGAGCAGCUUGUGCAGAGAAGAGACCAUUUGGGUUGUCUACAAAUUCUCUCUUCCUCUCUUUCCCAGGGAUGGCUC